AUGGGGGACCACGGAGAUGGAAACAUCAAAGUCGUUGUACGAUGUAGGCCUUUGAACUCUAGAGAGCUCGCGCGAGGCGCAAAGGGCCUGAUUCGUAUGGUGGGGAACCAGACAUUUCUGGAUCCACCAGAUGAGACGCCACAGCAGCAGAAGGGGAGAGCUACCGAGCGCAAGACUAUGGCAUUCAGCUUCGACAAGUCCUAUUGGUCUGCUGGUCCACGGGAUGAGCCUGGAUACUGUAGCCAGCAAACUCUCUUUGACGACCUUGGCAAGGAACUCCUCGAUCACAGUUUUGCCGGAUUUAACGCGUGUAUUCUUGCUUAUGGGCAAACGGGUUCCGGAAAGUCUUAUAGUAUGAUGGGGUAUGGUGCUGACAAGGGUAUUAUACCUUUGACAUGCUCGGAGCUUUUCGCUCGAAUCGACAGGCAGCGUGCUGGAGAUCCGCACGUGAACUUUGUGGUGGAGGUUUCGUACAUCGAGAUCUACAACGAAAAAGUACGAGACCUGCUGAAUCCCAAGAACAAGGGCAAUCUAAAAGUUCGUGAGCAUCCGAGCUUGGGCCCGUACGUUGAAGACUUGUCCAAAUUGGUAGCAGCAUCCUAUGACGAGAUGAUGACCCUAAUGGACGAGGGUAACAAGGCCCGUACUGUAGCUGCUACGAAUAUGAACGAGACAUCUUCCCGUUCGCACGCCGUAUUCACUCUCUUGUUGACGAUGAAGCGACAUGACGUCGAUACAAACCUGGAUACGGAGAAGGUCUCCCGAAUCAGUCUCGUUGAUCUUGCUGGUUCCGAAAGAGCCAAUUCGACUGGAGCAACAGGGCAACGGUUAAAGGAGGGUGCAAAUAUCAAUAAGUCUUUAACUACUCUUGGGAAAGUUAUCUCCUCCCUUGCACUCGCGAGUAGUGCGGAGCCAGGCAAGAAAGGCAAAGGGGCAGAAUUUGUACCUUAUCGUGAUUCGGUCUUGACAUGGCUUCUAAAGGACAGUUUGGGCGGUAAUUCCAAGACCGCUAUGAUAGCUGCAAUUUCUCCGGCCGACUACGAUGAGACCCUUAGUACGCUUCGAUAUGCUGACCAGGCCAAGAAGAUCAAGAACAAGGCCGUGGUGAACGAGGAUCCUAAUGCCAAGAUGGUCCGUGAACUACGUGAAGAGUUGGAGAUGCUCAGAGCUCGUGUUACCGGCGGUGGCGGAGCCGCUUCUGAAGCCACUUACGACCCCACGAUCCCCGCUUCCGAACAAAAAGUUCAGUACAUGGCCAAGGACGGCACUGUCAAGACGGUUACGAAAGCAGAACUGCAAGAACAGCUUGAAACUAGCGAAAAACUGAUGCAAAGUCUGAACGAGACUUGGGAGGAGAAGCUGGUCAAGACCCAAGCUGUGCAAAAGGAGCGUGAAGCGGCAUUGGAAGAGUUGGGAAUUACUGUUGAGAAGAACCAUAUCGGGGUUCACACUCCCAAGAGAAUGCCGCAUCUGGUUAAUUUGAACGAGGACCCUCUGAUGAGCGAAUGCCUUCUGUACCAACUCAAAGAAGGGAAAACUAUCGUUGGGCGUGUGGACAGCGAGAAGAACCUUGCCAUCCGUUUAACCGGUGAUAAUAUUAAAGAGGAGCAUUGUUGGUUCGAGAACAAUGAUGGGGUUGUAACCCUACAUGGUCAUCCGGACAGUAUUACGCUCUUGAACGGCAAACAGAUUACACCCGACAAGGCAUAUAAGCUUAAAAGUGGUUACCGAAUCAUCCUUGGUGAUAGUCACGUCUUCAGGUUUAAUAAUCCUGAAGAGGUCCGGAAACAACGUGCCAAGAGUAGCAUGCACAUAACGCUGACUGCUGCCGACCUCGAAGCACUCACACAGCCAUCGCCUGGCACUCGACCGGGUUCCCCCACCUCAGAUACAGACGUGGAUCACGAUUGGAACUUUGCUUUACGCGAAGCCGCCCUUGCAAGGUUACACGGAUUAGAUCCCGGGCUUGACAGUCUCCCCGACGAAGAUAUCAACAAACUCUACGAUCGCAUCACAAAGCUUAAAACAGCACGCGAUCACACCUCCAAGGGCCGCCCUGAGAGUAGCCUCAGUCACGCGGACGAUGUUUGGAGCGAGAGCGGUCGACCCGCUCCCAGUGACCUAACCGACGACACGAGUCUGGAAGCCAAUGGCGUGGAGGGUUCCCUUCGAGAUAUGCAAACGCACCUCGGCGACUAUGAGGCAAGGUUGGGCGCCCUCGCCGAAGUCAGCGAAGUGGAGGAAGACCUCAGAGCGGAGAAGGAGCAGAUGGAGCAUGCGCUCCAGGUGGUCCAAAACCAGAUGAAGCGAUUGUUGGAUAUUCGCGCCAAGGGGCUGGCCGCAACCGAAGAUGACCUCAAACCCUUUGAACCUCAAAUAUAUACGGCACGGCAGCUUAGGCUCAUUCGUAAAGUCUUGGAUAAAUGGAGAUCCCAUCGCUCGUUCUCGAUGGCCGAAACUGUCUUGUCUAAUGCGGUUCUCGUGAAGGAGGCCAAUAUUAUCAGUAAGGAACUCGAGAAAGAGGUUUCUUAUAACUUCACUAUUGCCUCUGGGGGGACGUUAGCAUGCCCUGCAUCUGCUCUUGAAGGUAUCGCCGGGCUGGGCGAGUUUGGGGACGUUGCAGAUCCAAUACUUGCUUCACGAACUCAGCCAUCUGUCGGAGUCAAGGUCCUUGACAAGAAUAAUAAUGCAAUAUACGUGUGGUCCUUGGAACGCCUUCAGCAACAACUACAACGUAUGCGCAACUUGACAGCGUACUCGGAUAGGCCAUCGUAUUCUCGCCACUUUUCGUCUUCGGAACCCUUUUAUGACCCCCCACCAUCCGGAUAUUCAUUUAUAGGAAACGCUAUGGUUUCACUUGCUCCCUUGUCCCGCCGCUUCUCAUCCACUAGCACAGCGCCUAUUUUCUGCCGUUACACUGCUGAGGCCAUUGGGUCGUGCCGAAUAGAUAUCAAGGUCGCAACCGUGACGCAUCCAUCGAAAUCGUUGGGAGGCUCUACUUCGACCAGCAGAUCCUCUUCUCCUAUACCAAGUACACUCCCUUCGGGAUCCAAGCUUCGGUUUACCGUCUCCAUAGAUCAAGUCAAGGGUCUUUCCUCGGUGGACUUUUCCUCGAUACAUGCACAGAUUAGACUUUCGUCAUUUAUUGGGCCGGCAGCUACACAGGACGAGGUUUAUCCUUCAAAGGCGCUCGAUAUGGAUACCACGACGUUAUCGGACUUGAAGUUCCGCCAGACUUUUUCCGUUGCGAUUACGGCCAAGACGCUUGCUUUCCUUCGUUCAAGUUACGCGCCAAUCGAGUUCUUUGCUCAAGUCAGGCCAACCUAUCUUGAGCGACUUGAACGAUGGGAUGAGUUGCGCGAGCUUCGUAUGGUGAAUCGACCUUCUGGUUCAAACGGGGAACUUAGACCGAUGCCGACCAAUUUACCUCCCAUGCGUCGGUCCGAAUCCGACUUUGUGGUCGAACAAUCGCAUGACGUCGUCGUUUGGGCUCAGAUUCGCGAACUCACUGCAGAGGGUGACUAUUUGCCCGUGCCCGUGCAAUCGCAAGGCCACCUAGACCCUGGAGUGUUCUGCAUUCAUCAAGGUCUCCAGCGCCGUCUAACGUUGACAAUGGUCACCAACUCUGGGCGACAACUGCCCUGGCUGCAAAUCAACCGGGCUCGAGCGGGAAACAUUCGACUACUUGAUCCCAGAGGACAGGUACAAGACUCGACUUCCAAAGACUUUUAUGAGCUCAAGCUACUCAAAGACCAACCAGCCGAGCUCAACACAGAUGGAACCAGUACCCUGACCGUAAACGCCCUCUGGGAUUCAAGCGUGCAUGACUCACUACUCCUUAACCGUGUCACCGCUGCGAACCAUCGUAUCUUGAUUCAGGUUCAGUGGUUCGUAGAGGUCGAAUCUUGCCUGGAACCAGUGCAAUUUUCUAUGGACCUUGCCGUAAUGAUCCAAGGACGGGAUGCGGGUAAACCUUCGCGGCUAUACAAUUUCUUAAAUUCUUCCAAGACUUUGUCGAAGACUAGCUCGGUUUUCAAUCUCCGUAUGACUCCACCGCUUACGCGGUCUAGCAAGGACCUAUGGCGUUUGGAUACAUCCGGAAAGUAUGUCCGCAAUGAGGACAUCCUCGGAUCGUGGCGGCCGAGAGGUAUCUCAAUCGUAGAGGAUUACGUCAAACUGGAUACAACAGAACGGCGCUCGGCCGAUGUGCAAGCUGUUAAGGUUAUUCUAGCAGCGGUACCACCUCAACAAUUCGAGGCAGAGGAGAAGUGGAGGGAUAGCGAUGAACUACUGCGCAAGUCGGUGGAGCUAUGGAAAAAGAAGUUUGGGCACCAUGGAGAGAUUGCUUUGAAGCAAGACCCAUCUGAGCUUGAUUCACCUAGCACAACGACUUUCACUGAGGAUGACGAGCCCACAGUUACGAUAAAGCUCCAGGCAGACCAAGCUGAUGGCGAGAACAAAGGGCAUCUCCUGGUUAUGACUGAUGCGAUGGAGGACAAAUGGGAGCGCCGCUGGUGCGUGCUUCGCCGACCGUACCUGUCACUCUAUGCGCGCUCGAACGAAGUAGAGGAGCUUGCGGUUAUCAGCCUUCCUCCUGGACUCAAAGUGGAAAAUGACCCGAAUUGGGAGAAUAUGACUGGGCACAAGAACACGUUACUCUAUAUACCGCUUCAAACUCUUACGCUAUGA